AUGUCCGGCCAAGACUACGAAGCCCCCUCGGGCGCCUUCUCCCAGCGCGACGACGUCGCCGCCAGCUCGGGCACAAUGAUCUACCGCUGCGGCGACUGCGCCGUCCGCGUCCCCCUCGAAAAGGGCGCUCCCAUCCGCUGCCAAAAGUGCGGUGCCCGUGUCCUCUACAAGGAGCGCACCAGAAGAAUGGUUCAGUUCGAGGCUCGGUGA